AUGCCUUCCCUAACUGUAGACGAUGCUACAAAGGGUAAGUCCCCCAUGGGGUCUAUUGAAGAUUUGGUCCCUGGAGCUACCCCAGGGGCUUCAAUAUUGGGUCCCGGGCAGACAAAGUCAAGGGCAGGCAGUAACACUGUUGAUUUGGCAAAUCCGGACCCUUCAGCAGUCGAUGUUGUUGCUAGACACCUGGGAGACAGCUCAAAGAGUCUACAAAUGCCUGGCGGAGACAUCACUCGCGACUUGUACAAGUGGACAAACGACAAUGCAUUACCCGCGAUGACCACCGGUGAUUCCGCGGGACACUCUCCACAAAAUAUAAUGAGAGACGCUAGGAGGAAACGGUCCAUGAGCUUUUCAGCACUGUCUACGAAUUCUGGGGCGCUUAAUAGCAUGGUCACUCCUUCAAAUUCGAGAAAACCAUCUAUAGAUGUUCAGCAGGGACAAAUCCCGUCCGUCCUGAUGACACCGCAAGAGAUUAGAGCUCCCGGUGGGUUUAGAAGAGCGUAUUUGGUACGAAAAAGAAAGAAGGAUAAUGUCGAAGAGUCACCGCCAAGUUUCAUAACGAGGAACUUUUACGAGUUCCUUGUACUUUACGGCCACUUCGCAGGUGAAGAUCUCUCGGAAAGCGAGUCGGAGGAAGAGGGGGAAGAACGAAUCGAUGAGGAGGUGAUAGAAUCAGAAAAUGAAGGGACUCCGUUAGUAGCAACAAGAUCUACAAGCGAGAGACACAAAACUACAACCGUGAAGGCCGUUUUACUGUUGCUGAAAUCGUUUGUUGGUACUGGUGUAUUGUUUCUGCCGAAGGCAUUUAGUAACGGUGGCUGGGGGUUCAGCUCACUGUGUCUCCUCUUUUGCGCCAUCCUCUCAUAUUACUGCUUCGUUUUGCUGAUUAUUACCAAGGAUAAAGUGGGCGUAAAAGGUUAUGGUGAGAUCGGGAUGAAACUGUACGGUGGUAAAAUGAAACUGGCGAUUUUGCUCUCAGUGGCAUUAUCGCAAAUUGGGUUUGCUGCAGCGUACACUGUAUUCACAGCAACGAAUUUGAAGCUCUUUAUGGAUAACGUUUUCAACUUAUCAGAGGAUGUCCUAGGGCUGGGCUGGUUCAUUUGGUUGCAAGCUGCAAUUUUCAUCCCGCUGUCAUUAACAAGAAACAUUGCCAAACUGAGCGGGACUGCGCUAGUUGCAGAUCUGUUUAUUCUGUUGGGGCUCAUAUACGUCUACUACUAUGCGACAUACUACGUCAUCUCCAAUGGAGUUGCCACGAGUACGAUGGUUUGGUUUAACAAGUCCGAUUGGACGCUGUUCAUCGGCACGGCCAUCUUUACAUUCGAAGGGAUAGGUCUGUUGAUUCCAAUCCAGGAGUCUAUGAAACAUCCAGAAGUUUUCAGGAAAUCAUUGUCGGGAGUCAUGGUGAUAGUAACGGUUAUAUUUAUAUCCUGUGGGUUGCUAUGUUACUCGGCGUUCGGGUCUCACGUGGAUACUGUUGUUCUCGUAAAUUUCCCACAGGACAGUUACACGACCGCCAUAGUGCAGCUAUUGUAUGCUUUGGCGAUUCUACUAUCGACUCCGUUGCAGCUGUUCCCAGCAAUAAGGAUUCUGGAGCAAUGGACAUUCAACUCGAAUGCCUCUGGUAAACAUAAUCCGAGAGUCAAAUGGUUGAAAAACUACUUCAGGUGUGGUGUCGUUAUAUUCACUACAGUGCUCGCGUGGGUCGGUGCUAGCGAUCUUGACAAGUUCGUUUCACUAGUGGGAUCGCUGGCAUGUAUUCCACUGAUUUAUAUCCACCCGCCGCUACUGCAUCACAGGGCAUCCCGAUCGGAUGGUACGAGUUCGCGCGGAAUCCUGAUUUUAGACCUGCUGAUCUGCAUUUUCGGGUUCUCCGUAAUGGUAUACACUUCGUGGCAGGCAAUCACUCUAUGGAUUUUUGGCUAA